UGCCAAUCUCAAGUCCACUUAAUUACAGCCACAAACAGUGCCUUUAAAAAGGAUAUGAAAAUCAGUCUUUUACAUGCAAUCCCACCUUGAAAUCAAGAAAAAAGAAAAGAAAAAAAAGAGCUCAGUAGCAGAAUGAAGAAAGCUGAGCUGGUCUUCAUACCAACACCAGGUAUAAGCCACCUCGUAUCCACAGUGGAGGUAGCAAAGCUUCUUGUAGACCGUGAUGAGAGGCUUUCAAUCACCUUCCUCAUUAUGAAACUACGUUCUGACCCCAAGAUUGAUAGGUUUAUAAAUUCAGUGAGUACAUCCUGUAAUCGUAUCCGGUUCAUUGACUUGCCUAAAGAUGAGCCUGAUCCAAACCAACCCAGGAAGUUUCUCUUUUCUUUGAUUGAAGCCCAGAAAUCCCAUGUCACAGAAGAAGUCUGUAAGCUUGUGAGUCAGUCGGAGUCAAGCCCUGACUCGCCUCCUCUUGCUGGGUUUGUUCUUGAUAUGUUUUGUACAUCUAUGAUAGAUGUGGCCAAUGAAUUUGGUGUUCCAUCAUAUAUUUUCCUUACGUCAGGUGCAGCUUUUCUUGGCCUUCAAUUUUAUGUUCAGGCUCUUCACGAUGAGCAGAAAGUUGACCCUACUGAGUACAAGGGCUCGGAUGUUGAGUUGGUCAUGCCGUGUUUGGCAAAUCCUCUUCCAGCUAAGGUCUUGCCUUCUGUUAUGCUUAACAAAGAGUGGCUGCCAAAUAUGCUCAGUCAAGCUAGAAGGUUUAGAGAAACUAAGGGUAUUAUAAUAAACACAUUUGAAGAGCUGGAAUCUCAUGCGAUCAACUCCUUUUCUAAAGGUAAUACCCCUCCGGUAUAUCCAGUGGGUCCCAUUUUAAACCUUAAUAGAGAUGGUGAUCGUGAUGAGGAGUCUGAUAAACGCAAAGACAUCAAGCAAUGGCUUGAUGAUCAGCCCGUGUCCUCAGUAGUGUAUCUAUGCUUCGGCAGCAUGGGGAGUUUCGAUGUGGAUCAGGUGAAGGAAAUCGCAUGUGGGCUAGAGCAGAGCGGCCACCGAUUCUUGUGGUCUCUACGUCAGCCACCACCGAAAGGCAAGAUAGAACCUCCAAGCGAUUACACUAAUCCUCGGGAGGUCUUACCUGAAGGAUUUUUGGAUCGGACGGCUAACAUUGGAAAAAUAAUUGGUUGGGCCCCACAGACAGAUAUUUUGGCCCAUCCAUCCGUACGAGGUUUUGUCUCCCACUGUGGAUGGAACUCUAUAUUGGAAAGCAUAUGGUUUGGCGUUCCAAUUGCCGCGUGGCCAUUAUAUGCAGAGCAACAACUGAAUGCCUUUCAAAUAAUUGUUGAGCUCGGAUUGGGAGUGGAGAUUAAAAUGGAUUAUAGAAGAGAGUUUAUCUCGGAUGGUAAUGAAAAUGUCGUUAGUGCCGGGGAGAUCGAGAGAGGAGUAAGGUGUUUAAUGGAGCUUUGCGAUGAGAAGAGGGAGAAGUUGAAGGAGAUGAGUGGAAAGGGCAGGAAGGCUUUGGAGAACGGUGGAUCCUCGUUCACUUGGUUAGGGCGUUUCAUUCAAGAUUCGGUGGACGACCUACCAUGAUUAAAUUGUAUUCUCUUAAUUCGUAUUAUUUAAUACAAUGUCUUUUUGUUUA